UCCAGUAUCACAGAAACUCUGAAAGAGUUUACCUCGAGACUAAUAAGAACAUAACCAACCAACAAUCUAUACUGCGAAAAUCGACCAUGAUGUGGCGGAGGGCCAACAAGAGACCAUAGAUGGAUUAGGUGCAAAAACUGCUGAGCUCCAAGAGUCCGCUCCAUCCUGCUGAUGUUACUAUCAUAAAUCUCUGGUGUGAGUGGGUUAUUACGAGUGAAAAGUGCCAUUGAUGCUAGCAUUCCUCGUAGAGAGGAGUUAGUAAUAUUUCCACAGUAGCCCAUCAGUUCUGCUCGAUCACAGUUAUCAGUAAAUAAAGUAAAUUUCCAAAUCUGGAAAGUCAUGCGUUGUUUGAAAAUUCCUACAAUAUACUGUUAUUUGAAGAGUUUUAGGGGUCCCCUGCAUUUGGGUUCAACUUCUGCAACUAAUGUCUCUUAUCCAUUGAAUUCAAUCUGUUUGUCGGUAAAUUCUAGAGUUAAUUUUUGGACCCAACUCGCUUCUAUUUCAAGCCUCAAGGUCGUUUGGCGAAAGGAUCGCCAUCUAGACCAGGCAAUCGAGAAUGACAAGGUGUGGCGUCUCAGCGCCAGAGUCGUCAAAGAAGUCCUGAAUGAACCCGGGCAGGUUAUUCCCCUCCGUUAUCUUGAGAAACGUCGAGAAAGAAUGCGACUUCAGGUCAAUGUCAAGACUUUCCUCAAUAGAAACCCCGGGUUGUUCGAUAUUUACCUUGAUCGGAUCAAACCAAAGACCGAGCCUGUUCCGUUUCUUCGCCCUAGCAGCAGGCUUCGAUGCUUUCUUGAGGAAGAGAAGCAGAUAAAGGAUGAGAAUGAACCGCUCAUUGUUGCCAAAUUGUGCAAAUUGCUCAUGAUGUCCAGGGACAAAGUGGUCAGUGCUGAUAAACUGCUUCAUGUGAAGAGAGAUUUUGGCUUUUCAGAUGAUUUCUUGUGCAGUUUGGUCCCCAAGUAUCCACAUUUGUUUAGGUUGGUUGGGAGCCCAGGAGAGGGCAAGUCAUUCUUGGAAUUGGUUUCAUGGAACACUGAGUAUGCUCAAUCAGUUAUCGAACGGAGAGCAGAAGAGGAGUCUAAGUUAACAGGGAUCCGAGUCAGGCCUUCAUUUAAUGUUAAGCUGCCUCCUGGGUUCUUCCUUAAGAAAGAAAUGAGGGAAUGGACUAGAGACUGGAUGGAGCUUCCCUAUAUAUCUCCUUAUGCUGAUGUUUCUCACUUGGAUCAGGCUUCACCUGAGAUGGAGAAAAGGACAGUUGGAGUAUUUCAUGAGUUGCUUUCAUUGUCCAUUCUUAAAAGGGUGCCUGUGGCAACACUGGGAAAAUUCAGGGAAGAGUAUCGAUUCUCGAAUGCAUUUUCUAGUGUUUUCACCAGGCAUUCAGGGAUAUUCUACAUGUCUUUGAAAGGUGGAAUAGAAACAGCAAUCCUUAGGGAAGCCUACCAUGAAUCAGAACUGAUUGACCGAGACCCACUGCUUGCUAUAAAAGACAAAUUUGUUGAGUUGUUGGCUGAAGGGCACCAUGAGAGAGCAGAGCUCUUGAGAUUGAGGAAGGAAGCAGUUCAGAGGGACAUGGAAAUGGUAUCUGUAAGGAAUUCAGGAGCAGGGCUCAAUGAGUGUGAUGAAGGUCUUUGAGCAUUUAUAUUCAGGAACAGGAGAUAAUAAUGCUUUUAACAGGGAUUUGACAGAGUAUGAAAGAAUGCAGCAUUCCAUGUGACAAAAAGUUAUAACAUAAGUUCAUUUUGUUUAAUUAAAAAUGAAGUUGACAUUAUGUUUCUCCAACACAUCAAGCGAUUUUUUUUUUGCACAGUUGCCUACUUUUAUAUUCAAGAUGCUAUUUGAGUUGGAGAUGAUCUUGAGUUUUACCAGAUUCAUAUUGUAGAUAAAACAUAGACAGUCAACCAAGAGAAAUGAAACAAUUCUGAAGUUUUAAUUGAUCUAGUUGCUCCUGUGUGCCUGAAAAGCGAGGCCCAGAAGAUUGGUUAUUUUGGUGAUUAUUUGCAUUGUGCAGCUGUUAAAAGCCAGCAAACAUAUCAUGGUUUGAAGUUCAUGAAUAUAUCUUGAAGAAAAUCUAUCAUAUUUGUGAAAUUUGAGGUAAGCAUUUUUAUUUAUU